AUGCAGACGCCAUUGAAAAAGCUCAAACUGUACUCCACGGCCGGUGGCCCAAACCCCUACAAAGUCGCCAUCGUCCUCGAGGAGUUGGGACUGCCAUACGAGACGGAGCUUUUGGACGUGACGGACGUGAAGAAGAGGCCCUUUACCGACCUGAACCCCAACGGGCGCGUGCCGGCGCUGACGGACCCGAAUACCAACGACGGGUUGACGCUCUGGGAGUCGGGCGCCAUCAUCCAGUACCUCGUCGAGACGUACGACGCUGCCGGGAAAAUCACGUAUCACUCGUCGCCCGAGAAGUUCCUGCUCACCCAGUGGCUGCACUUCCAGGUGUCGGGCCAGGGCCCCUACUACGGCCAGUGCGCCUGGUUCACGCACUACCACCACGAGACGCUGCCGAGCGCCCAGGACCGCUACCUCAGGGAGGUCGAGCGGGUCAUUGCCGUGCUGGACGGGUGGCUGCGCACGCACCCCUUCCUCGUCGGCGACAAGUGCACCUACGCCGACCUGAGCUUCGUGACCUGGGCCGUCCUCGUGCCGUGGCUGGACAAGGACAAGAAGAUCCCAAUGUCCCGGUACAGUGCGUACAGCGCGUGGCUGGAGAAGCUUGUCGCGAGACCCGCGGUGCGCGGAGUUUUGGAUCUGCUUGAAGAACGGAGGAAGAAGCUUUUGGGGUAG